CUUGACCGUGGCGCGUCAGAGCCAGUCGCUCGCGUGAAAGACAGCCUUACACGACUGUUGAUGUGGAUGUGAGAGGAAGUCAGAUGCAUUAGCCCGACUCACUACCCCUGUGGCUGCUAUUUAAAGUGCUAGCAAGCUAGCUAACCUCAGCUCGUUAACUUCACGAUUUUGAGGCAUCUUACGAGACGAACGGUGCGGGAAGCGGUGGGGCCUCGGGCUUGUACGACUCUGUUUACGGAGCUUAACACGUCAUAGAAACGUCCUGGCAAAAUGGACAACUUGAGUGAAGCCCUGGAGAAACUGAAGAUAGCGUCUACAGACAGCGCCACUGACAGCGUGGAAAGCUGUCUCGACUGCCUGCUCAAAGCACUUGCCAACAGCGGCACUGAAGCCAGCAUGAAGAUCCAGGAGAUGGGCAUUCUUCCCCUCUUCCCCACCUUGUUAAACCCCCAGUCGUCCUGCACCCCCAAAGUAGCCAACAUCAUAGCUGAGGUGGCGAAAAAUGAGUUCAUGCGGAGUCCCUGUGUUGAAGCCGGACUCAUCCCUCCGCUAGUCCAACUGUUAAACUCCACCGAUCAGGAGGUUUUGCUGCAGACUGGCCGAGCUCUUGGCAACAUAUGUUAUGACAGCCAUGAGGGCAGGAGUGCAGUUGACCUGGCAGGAGGGGCUCAGAUAGUAGCUGAACACAUUAAAUCCCUCUCCCAAAAUACUGAGCCGGAAAAUGAGAAGCUCUUGACUGUCUUUUGUGGCAUGCUGAUGAACUAUAGCAAUGAUAAUGAUUCCUUACAAGCCCAGCUGAUCAAUAUGGGUGUGAUUCCCACUCUGGUGAAGCUGCUUGGCAUCCAUUCCCACAACACAGCCCUGACAGAAAUGUGUCUAAUUGCCUUCGGGAAUUUGGCUGAGCUUGAGUCCAGCAAAGAGCAGUUUGCUUCUACCAAUAUUGCUGAGGAGCUGGUGCAUCUUUUCCAGAAGCAGGCAGAGCACGAGAAGAAGGAAAUGAUUUUUGAAGUUCUGGCUCCACUUGCAGAAAAUGAUGUCAUAAAGCUGCAGCUGGUGGAGGCAGGCCUGGUGGAGUGUCUGCUGGACGUGGUGGCUCAGACUGUGGAUGGAGAGCGGGAGGAGGAUAUCGCCCAACUGAAGACUGCCUCUGACCUCAUGGUUCUCCUGCUGCUUGGAGAUGAGUCCAUGCAGAAGCUGUUUGAGGGAGGAAAGGGCAGUGUCUUCCAGAGGGUCCUGUCCUGGAUACCAUCUCACAGCCAUCAGCUGCAGCUGGCUGGGGCUCUGGCCAUCGCUAACUUUGCCCGCAAUGAUGGGAAUUGCAUCCACAUGGUGGACACUGGCAUUGUGCAGAAGCUUCUGGAGCUGCUGGAUCGGCAUGUUGAGGAAGGCAACGUCACUGUUCAGCAUGCUGCACUGAGCGCCCUGCGGAAUCUGGCUAUACCUGUGGUAAACAAAUCCAAGAUGCUGUCAGCUGGUGUAGCAGAUGUGGUGUUGAAAUUUUUGCAGUCAGAGAUGCCUCCGGUCCAGUUCAAACUCCUAGGGACGUUACGCAUGUUAAUCGAUACACAAGCUGAAGCUGCAGACCACCUGGGAACCAACGGGAAACUGGUGGAAAGACUAGUGGAGUGGUGUGAAGCUAAGGAUCACGCAGGAGUAAUGGGCGAGUCCAACAGGCUUCUCUCUGCCCUCAUUCGACACAGCAAGUCCAAGGAAGUAGUGAGGACUGUCAUCCAGGGAGGAGGAGUCAAACACCUGGUUACCAUGGCAACCAGUGAGCAUAUGAUCAUGCAGAAUGAAGCGCUGGUGGCGUUGGGUCUCAUAGCCGCCCUGGAUUUGGUUGCAGCUGAAAAGGACCUGGUUGGAGCUGGCCUGGUGUCCGUCCUUCACAAGUUGUUGUCAGAUGAGAGGAGUGCGCCAGAGAUCAAGUAUAACUCCAUGGUCCUCAUCUGUGCAGUCAUGGGCUCAGAACCGCUUCACAAAGAGGUCCAGAGCUUGGCGUUUAUCAGCAUCGUCUCCAAGCUGAGGGCUCACGAAAACAAGACGGUAUCACACCAGGCGUCGCUCACAGAGCAGCGACUAACAGCCCAGAGCUAAAUGACUGAGUCUAACCCCACCCACAUCUAUCCACCUGAAUGCCUGCCUGACCACCUAAUUACCCAGUGACUCCUCACAACUGCUCGCCCCUGUGCCCCAUCGUCAUGUGCCAAGGUACCAUGUCAUGUGAACUGCCAGCCAGAUAUACAUUCAUGUCUCUAUCCAUGUCUGUCUGCCCUCCCCUCCUCCGCUAGGGUUAGACUGAUGUGCAAUACUUUGUGCUUAUAUACAAGUCAUAAAAUCUGAGUAUUGAAUUGUUAUUUUGAAUGACAAGAAUUCACCCAUAAUUCUUUACUUGUCAGGGUGAAAAGUCCUCUGUUUUUUAGACUACCACGGGACACCAACACUCUCCUCUGAAAGCCAUAUUAAUAAAAUUUAUUUAGGUGGGUUAGCAGGUCCAUAAGGCAGGCUUCAAUUCAGGCCACACACACGCGUGCACACAGACACACACGCACACACAACCCUUAAGCUGGAGUUUGGGGUCAUUUGCCACCAUUAAAAUGCUGGUAUCUUUUUAUUUUUUUAAUUAACUGAUACAUUAGUCUAACCCUAUCCCCCUCCUCUACAUGUGCAUGCAUCUCUGGUACAAGUUGCUCCAUGGGAGCUGAGGCACCAUAGACAGCCUAAUGCAAUAGAUUGAAGAAGACACUCUCUUAUGACCAUAGCUGUGACACCAUCCGCCAGUAACCCAUCAAAGAAAAUGUGCACAAAAGAACACACACACAAAAGCUUUCCUGUUGUGAAUUUUCUUUCUCUCUUUUUUUUUUUAAAGCAGACAGCCAUGAUGUGCCCAGUUGUGUCCCAUGUAGAUAGAGUAUAAACUGACUAGAAACUGUGCAUGUUUUAGUCCUGUUGAAGGUGCGCCCGUGGUCAUUUUACCUCUCCACUGCUUGCACACUCCAAAGUAUAGCCAGUCCUCCUCCUGCUGACACCUCAAGUCUUGUACUCAUUUUUUUUGCUCUUGUUCUUUAAGACUUUGAUCUAGAGUUUUUAUUCAGCUUUUAAAAUUCUGCUGUCCAAACCCUGAUCCAGGAGCUGUACAACGAAGCUCCACAGAUGUUCAGCCCAUAGCUGAAAGAGAGUCAAGCAAAGAAGCAGAUACAGUGCGAAUGUAAGAACAGAGAAGAUACCAGGAGAAUGUAGCCAAGUGCAAUCAAGAAGAGGCCAAAAUAGGAAAUUGAAUGUGUGCCUUUGUUAAUAAAUUAUCUUAAUAGAUAUAUAUAAUCUUCUGCAGGACCUCCUAGACUUUAUCCUGGACUAUCAUACUGAGGAUUGUGGUCUUGCAUUGCCAACUCCUGGAAGCUUUAGAGCCAUUUUUAUAUUGGAAUAUUAUACAAACUCACUAGCCUCUUCUGGGCAAUAAAUAAGGUUUAGAAAUAAACCGUAACAAACACAAUUCACUCUCACCAAGACAGGUCAAACAAACCAGACAAAACCAAUGACUGCACAAGAAGCCAUUUUUAUUCUGGCUACAUAGCAUCAUUCCAAUCAGUGCAUUGUCUCCUGCCUAAUCAGUGUUUGUCACUACAGUCACCUCUUCAAACUAAUUUUGCUUGUGUUGUUGUGAAGAGAAUUAAAAAAUCCAUGCGAUAUAUUUAAUAUUUUCAGACUGCUAGAGGAAUAUUUGUAGAGCAGCCAACAGGAAGAUCAGUCAGAGUACUGUAGUCCAGCACCAAGGUCCCCAAUCUGGUUUUAAUGCGCAAAAGUGCCUCAAAACUCUCAGUGGGGUCACUGCUGUACGAACACCAGGGAGUGCAGUUUGUCACCAUUCUUACAGUUUGCGUUUGUGUGUGUUAUGAAUGUACAGCUUGGGGUAGGCAGCGUGGAGCGAAGUCUGGAUUCUCAUGAGAACAGCUAAUUGAAUGCAAACAGAACAGCCACUGUUUGUGCUGCUGAGCACAGCUCCCACACCUCCCACCUCCACACCAACCCGCAACCAGUUUCUGUUUACGUACAACAGUCGGUUCUUCUAGUUAAAGGGAUUUCUUCUAACAUGCACAUCUGAGCAUGUCUGACACUGUACUUUGUUAACCACUUUGUUUCCUGGUCUGGGCCCACACUUUGGUCUGUUUAGUUUUUAAAGGUAUGAAUGGUUAUUUAUCAGAGUUGUGCUCUUCUAAAGACACAUGCCAGUAGAGAUCUAUCCUUAGUAACUGCGUAAAAUACUAUAAACAUAAAUGUUUGUUGUAAAUGUCAUUGUAUGAGUUGUAUAUUUUGGAGGACCGUAACUCAGAUAAUUGUAAUGCAGAUAAUUAAAAGAUGAUAGCUGGUGAUCACUGA